AUGGCUGAGGUAGAAACUGCCCCGGUUGUACAGGCAAGACAUGUUGUUUACUGUGGAGGUGAGGACCUGAGGACCCCCCGUGGCGCAAACCACAACUCCAAUUCGUUUGAGAAUAUGCUGAUCCGGAUAGUCUGCACAUUACCCCCCGAGUACUGCGAGUUUGGAGGUACCGCUAAGAAAUGCGAAGAAUGGCUCAAGGAGAACGAGUCGGAUCUGUGGGACAAACUAUACUCUGAAGAUGCUCUGAAUGCCAACCUCUCCACACUCUCCGUCUCUGCGCAAGAACGCGCCGCCAAAGACGCCGCCAAAAAGGAGGCCAAAGCUGCCGCCAACGAAGCACGCGAUAGCGAGCGGAAGGCCGCCUCCAAGAUCCAGAUCAAACGCGUUGAGCGGAACAAGCGCAAGUUUGUGACGGUCGUGAUUGGACUGGAGGUCUUCGGACUGGAGAACAAGAAGAUUGCAAAGGACCUGGGCAAGAAGUUUGCUACAGGUUCUUCGGUGACACGCUCGCCUGCGGGUAUUGAGGAAAUCACCGUCCAGGGUGAUGUCAGUGACGACCUGCGUGAAUGGCUCCUUGAGACCCACGGCAAGCAGAUCCCGGCGUCCAAUAUCGAAUUGAUUGAAGACAAGAAGAAAAAGAAGAGCGAGGCCCCCAUGGUAUAA